AAUCCUGCGCAAAUCCUUGAGGCCGUCGUGUAAAAUGCGUUCGUGAUGCAUGCAUGCGUGCCUCGCGCAUUGCGUGGAGAGGAGUGACGGACGUUGAUCCGUAUCGGCAACACGCGGCAUGGCACCGAUGGCACGUUGCAACUUUGCUCAAACAACUCAAGCGCCGCAUCUGCCGACGCAGCACCGCGGGUGCCAUCCCCCGUCCCGACGACCUUCAAAUGACGACUGGUGCUGCGCUGCUGCUUUCACUGCAGUGACCACCCGUGAACGACCGCAAGACUGAAAGGAGCAUGGCAAUGAGGAUGGUGCAAGCACCUUUUUUUUAUCCUUUAUGUCGAGGACGUGAUACGUGACUGGACGUAACGAAAAGCGCGGCACAGCAGCACAGGAAGGAAAUGUCGAUUUGUCACCGACGUCACAGGUUUUAGGAUGGGAACUUAUCCGGCGGAACUGCUCACCUUGAGGAGAAGAGAAAAGAUCCUCUGCUAGCCAGCAAAAUAUAAAUAGGAGACAUGCCAUCAAGACAAUAUUUUUGCGGAAAGAGCUGUGCGGUCCGGCAUGCUAUAUUGCUCAUCAAUGCUACGCUGCUACUCCAAGUUGCAUCUGCAGAACGAUGUGCAGCCUAUGAAGAAUGCCAAGUAGUAGCCAGUCAAACAUUUUCAAAGGAAUUGUCCAAGGUGUUUGGCCCAGGCCUGAGAAGCACUUUCCGCACCCCAGCAAGAUACUUCUUUGUGCAGGCAGUGGACACAAGUGGGAACAACUUUACGUCAUCUCCUCCAGGGAAGCUGACUGUAAACAUUGGUGGAACACAAGGUCAUUGUAGUAUCUGGUCUCAAGUGCUUGACCGUGGCGAUGGAUUAUUCAUUGUGAGGUACAGGUUGUUUCGAACCUGCCCUGAGGCUAAAAUUGAGGUCCUGUAUAACAACUCGCCUCUUUUGCAGUCACCCUUUGUACUCAAAGGCCCUCUCUAUCAUGAAGCUUGCAGUUGUCCCAUGUCGUACGAGGAGUGGCUUCGUGAAAUGGAUUGCUCACCGACUGACCCUCAGAUUCUCAGAGACCUGGAACAGUUUGGUGAUGCAAUUGAUAUGAAGGCUGCUGUGAAAAAUGCUCUAGAAAGGUUUCAUAGGCCAGGCUCUAUCAGUUUUUGUCAUUAUGCUGUGCUAAACAACAAGGUGUACCGAUCAUGCUAUGGCCAACAUGUGGGGUUCAACAUGUUUAUGGAUGCAAUUUUACUCUCACUAACAAGAAAAGUUGUUUUACCAGAUGUUGAGAUGCUGGUCAAUCUAGGGGACUGGCCACUCGAACAAAACACUUUCAAGGGAACCAAGGUGCCAUUUUUCUCGUGGUGUGGCUCUCGAAAAAGUAGUGACAUUGUGAUGCCUACCUAUGACCUAACAGAGUCUUCGCUUGAGAUGAUGGGCAGGGUAAUGCUGGAUGUGCUCUCUGUACAAGGUCACCCAGGUCCCUCCUGGAAAGACAAGGAAAUCGUGGGCUUCUGGCGUGGCCGUGACAGCAGAGAAGAACGGCUACGUUUAGUACGCCUGUCUAGGAAGCACCCAGAUGUCAUUAAUGCUUCCCUCACUAAUUUCUUCUUCUUCCGAGACCAAGAAAAAGAAUAUGGACCACGAGUAGACCACGUCUCCUUUUUCCAUUUCUUCAAGUACAAAUACCAGAUCAAUGUGGAUGGCACCGUUGCAGCCUACCGCAUGCCAUACCUCUUGGCUGGUAAUGGACUGGUGCUGAAGCAGGACUCUGAAUAUUAUGAGCAUUUCUAUGCUGAUUUGGUGCCUAUGCAGCACUAUGUGCCUUUUCGGCAAAACCUCACUGACCUGGUGGAAAAGAUACUUUGGGCCCGCAAUAAUGACGAGAAAGCGUACCGCAUUUCCAAGGAAGCAGGCCAGUUUGCACUGGACCACCUGCUACCACACCAUGUCUUCUGUUACUAUACUCAUUUGCUAAAUGAAUUUGCACGACGUUUGGUCCACGCACCUAGCGUUACUGAAGAAAUGGAGCUUGUGCCUCAGGUACAUGAUGAGUUCCCAUGUCAAUGUGACGACUCUUCGCAUCGAGAUGAACUUUGAACACAGCAUUCUACUAAAGUGAAGCAAGCACAGCAAGCUUCAGACGCAGCGUAUGGCCCAAGCAAGUCGUCGUCCUCAACAGAGGCAUGCAAAACUGUUGCUGCUUUGCCAACCCAUUUUGCUGCAUUGUGAUAUGUAGUACUUAAAGUAAGAACAUACAGUAUUGCGCAUGACAAAGAGAACUAGCCAAAGAUUUGUUCACUGUUAGGAAGUUCUCAUAAUUGGUUUCUUUUAGGUUUGUGGGUGUAAAGCAGGGUGCUAUGAAGUAAGAUAAGCUUUUAUGUUGCAUUAUACAAAGAUAUUUUGUUAGUAGAUACAGCCUUGUGAAUACAGGAAAGUGUGCAAAGUC